AUGUUGAUCUUGAUGGUUCGCUCCUGGAGUCGACCAAUCUGCUCCCGGAAACCGGAAAUCCUCAACUUCACGGUCUCGGCGCUCCCUUUCUAUGUUAUCCAGAGGGAUUGGCUGGUAAUGAGCGCACCUUCUGUCGUCGCCCCAAAAGCGACAUUCAGCACAUACAGUGAGGUCUGGGUUGCCCUCGAGAACAAAUGUAACAGCAAAUGGCAGAGCGGGAAGAUCAUCCGCACAAUGCUUAACUUUACUGUCCCUGGUGGAAACAAGUUCUGGAGAUCUCAGACUCCACUCAAGGACGAAUAUGCUCACCUUCUUAUGAGGGAACAGUUUGAUUGGUGCGAAGAUGUGGAGAAUGAUAUCGUUAUGAAAGACAAAUCCAUCGCUAUGGAUACUGACAUCCCAACCGUCAACACUGAAAAUCUCACUGUCAGUUCCACUGACCAUGGUACCGCCACUGAACCAGAUGGCGAGUACCUCCAACUUCCCAUUAAUCAUCACUGCCUGGAGAAUACUAAGGAUGAUGCCGCUUCCACCUGCUCUGCUACUAAUGACCAGUACCCUCAAUUUCCCGUUGAUCGCAACCGGUCGAACUGUGCCAAUGAUGAUAUUGCUGUGGAUAUCACUUCCACUGGCCCUACCACCGGUCAUCACGUGGGUGAUGAGUAUGCCCAACUUCCUGUUCAUCGGGACUCAGACGAGGAAAAGAGCUACCUCGCUGUCCACAAUGAACUUCCCAAUGCAAACAACGGCCCAGUCACAGCCGCUAAAUUGGACGAUUCAUGUGUUGACCUCCCACACCCCGAGGCCUUCGAGUUGGUUGACACUGUAACUAACGGCCCUGUCACAGCCGUUGAACUGGGCGAUUCACAUACCCACCUUCCGCACCCCGAUGAAUUUGACUUGGUCGACAAUGAUGAGAAUGAUCUCGACAUGGACGUCGAGGAUCUCGAGAUCGACCACAAACGUCACAAUACAACUGAUGGCCCUGUCGCAGCCGGUGAAUUGGUAUUUAUACCCACUCCCAGCUCCACUACCUCUUCGAGAUCUUGUAUAUUAACUGUCGUUUCACCAUACAGGAACAUGCAAACGCUCAGCUCAUUCACCGCGAGACACUCCAUUUUCGCUGAGGACACUAACCCCACCGAUCCUUUGAACCACGAGCCUGAGAUGAGUAUCACUACCAAGUCUUCCCACGACAUUGGCGACACCCCACAGCCAGUCGAGCGAAUCCAAGGCCUUGACCCCCAAACUCCCGCUUCUAUCUCCGAGUCAGUCCAAGCCUCAGAGCCAGAUACUCCACCGUUUUCAGAAGAAUUCAUCAACGAAUAUGAGUACCGCUCAAUCGUUGGCAGUCAGGAUGAGAGUAUCCAUCAUUGGAAUUGGUUCGGCUGCCCCGUCUACAAUCGAAGCUCGACCCCGCCUGCGGUUUCCUUGGCCGUUGUGCAGGCUACCCCUAAAGUCCCAAAGGGCAGGGAUGAGCUCCGAGUGAGCUCCAUGAUGAACAGGGCAAUUCGCUAUAUUGACCCUGUCAUUGUACGGCUGGACAGUGAAAAUGAAGCAAUACUGCAAGUGCAUGGAUCCGAAAUGGUGGAAGCGUGUGGGCAAAUUACUUAUACCCAUUAUUCCCUACACGGGAAUUGGAUGACCGACGAUUUCUCCAUGCGAAGAAGGAUCGUCCCGGAUGUUGGCACACCUAGCGAUGGCCAUUUGCCAUUAGUAAUGGGAUUUUUGAGAAUGGGCCUCUCAUUUCUCGGGGCGAGUGGAUGUGGCGGCGAGCUGAAUUGGUUGCUGCCAGCCAGGGCCCUGGCAGCUUCCCCCGGAAGCUGA